GCCUGUUUGGAGAUCCGACAAAAAGGAAGGGAGUGGUAGCUGACAAGAUGGUAGAGAUCCUUUGCCAGUUUGCUGAUCACGCUUUGAAGAAGUGUCCGGAACAAGGCAAGAUCCAAGUGAUGGAGCAACAUUUCUAUGAUGUGGUUCCAGUCCUGGUGGAUUACUGCCUGCUGCUACAGAGAGCUGACCUGCUGUUCAGCCAUCUGUAUGCUCGCCUGGUAGAGAACAUGGUUGCCAAGGGAGUUUUCCUGGAGUCGCUGGAGUCGUACAUUGUCGCUGAUCGCCUCGGUCACCUGACCACACCCAUCAUGAGGGACCUCCUGGCUCAUUACCAUGGCAACGGUAUGAUGGACAGUUUGGAGAGAUGCAUAGUCCAUCUGGAUGUCACCAGCCUGGACAUACAGCAG